AUGGGAAACACCAAUCUUACCAUGAUCAAUGACUUGACACUUGCACAAGAUGACUACACGAUCAAGGUUCGAAUCAUUCGUCUGUGGAAACAGAUUCGUAUGAUUGGAAUGAUAUUGAUGGACGAAAUGGGCUCCAAAAUUGAAUGUAAUGUGGAUAAACCAUUUGCAUCAUUGCAAGGAAAAACUUUGGAAGAAUAUGGUGAUUACUACAUUCAAAAACCCACAAUAGGGUUAAAUAAUGGUGCUAUAAAAUACAUCCUUACACUUUUCGUUGUCUAUAAUAUAGAUAUUAUAGGAAACGUUUUCCAAUGUUUUCCAUUGGAACCUCCAAAAGACAAACAGGAGCAGAAAAUCACACUAAAAAUGGAGGAUUUAGAAGGACAUGAAGUUUUUGUUACUCUAUGGGGACGUUAUGCUGAUGAAAUUGUUGCAUAUGUUUCAAAGCAUCAUGGUCAUUUUGUAAUGAUUAUUCAACUUGCUAAGUUCAAGAAUAUCCGACAGCGUCCAUAUGUCAACAACACGUACUUGGCUACAAAGCUUUUUAUUGAGGAUGACAUUGAGGAGAUAACUGAGUUCAAAAAAAGUUUACAAGCAAGAAAAAACUCUUCGUGUUCUUCGGUCUCACGUGCAUCCGGAUCAUCGAUCAUGUAUUCACUACAUGAUGAUUUUGUUCAAAAGAACGCCUUUUACAAAAUAUCCGCGAUUCACGAAUUGAAUGAGGGAAGUUGUGCAGUAAUUCUUGGAACAAUAAAGAUGUUUGAAGAUAUACGGAAUUGGUACUAUAAUGCAUGUACAAAAUGCAAGUCAAAGGUUAUUUUAAUGGAUGUUCCAAAUGAGACGGUCAAUGGCUUGGACCGGUUUGAAGAGAAAAAGAUGAUGUUUUCUCCAAAAAAAGAUUGCAAUGUCACACAUGUUAUUGCUGAACCAAGUUACAUGAUCAAAGUUCGAGUUCAAGGUUUAGUUGGAGUGGUGAGUCUUACAAUGUUUGAUCGUGAAGUAAGAAAUCUUCUGAAAAUAUCUGUUGCUGAAUUAAUAUCAAGAUAUAAAAGGUUCGACAAUCCAAGUGACUUUCCAAAUGAGUUGAAUGCCAUGCUCAAUAAAAAAUUGGCUUUUAAGAUCGUUGUCAAGACUCUCAAUUUCUCAAAAUUUGGUCGUUCUUACAACGUUUCCAAGCUAACAGAUAAUGUCGACAUUAUUUCUGCUUUGGAGAACAUUGAGAAGAAGAAUAUGAUUGAACAGGACAUGGAUAAUGAUUCUGUUAAUGUAAUUGACUCAGAAUUUGCAUCUCAAGACAUAGUGGGUUGUAAGGAUGUUAAUUCCCACACUGCUGAUAAUACGCCUGGGUCAAAUAUUCCAUCUGGCAAUAGUACAAGUCCAUCAUCAGUAACCGCCACCAACAACCUCAAUUCUCCACCUACAAGUGUCAAACGUAAACUCGUAGAUAUUUACGAUCUUGAUGAUGACGUUUAUGAAUCGUCAACAAAACCUAAUGCACCCCGUGUUGACAAUGGCAAAGCUGGAAUAACAACCAAAUUGUUGAUUCCUAAGGUGGAAAAAUGA